ACCCACAAGCAUAUAGAAGAAUUGAGAAACAGGAAAAAGGAUAUCCAUCCUGUGGGCUGUUCCUAACGAGAGGGAGUCGAACACUCAUUUCAAAAUGCUGAUAAAUCGUGCCAUAAUCUACAUGAAUUUAUGGCCUGCAGGUAAAACAGGAAGCAAGAACCAAAAGAUACGUGGCACCAGAGCAUGGUGGUUGGAGAAGAAGAAGAAGAAGAUGAUGCACCUGCGAGCUACAUGUCGCUUGAAGUCGCUUUUCUGAUUCCUGCAGCCGCAAGAGACGGGGGAGGGGAGAAGCAAGGGAGGAAAAAGGCGCCGCCUUUACGCUUCUCUGCUCCGCCGCCCAAAACUCCCACCUUUUUUCGUUUCUCGUCAGAUCCGCACCGAGUUUUUAUCUUACCCUUCCUAAAGAUUCGACCUUUGUUUGCUUCCGGGCUCCAUCAAUCGCAUCAAGAGAACCGUUCUUGUCUUGGUGCUCCGCUUCGGCAAAGAUGGUCUUCUGGGAAGGGUGGAUCAGCGAUGAGUUGAUGGGCACCUUUUCUCCUAUCGUGGUUUAUUGGCUAUACGCCGGAAUGUAUCAGCUGUUGCCGCCGUUGGACCAGUACCGGCUGCACACAAGGAAAGAGGAGGAGCAGAAGAAUUUGGUGCCUCUGUCCUCCGUGAUCAAGGGAGUUCUACUGCAGCAGCUGGUUCAGGCGACGGUUGCAGGGCUGAUGUUCUUGAUUACUGCUAAGCCAAGUGGAGAAGGCAGCAUAAUUCAACCAUCCUUACCUGUCCAACUUAUCCAAAUCAUGGUUGCUAUGUUGAUAAUGGACACAUGGCAAUAUUUUAUUCAUCGAUACAUGCACCAGAACAAGUUGUUGUACCGCCAUAUCCACUCCCAGCACCACAAACUGGUUGUUCCUUACGCUAUCGGCGCCAUUUACAAUCACCCACUGGAGGGCCUUCUCCUCGACACCUUUGGUGGAGCCAUCUCAUUCUUGAUCUCGGGGAUGACUGCAAGGACGGCUGUGUUCUUCUUCUGCUUUGCUGUAAUCAAGACUGUCGACGAUCAUUGUGGCCUUUGGCUGCCUGGGAACAUUUUCCACAUCAUCUUUCAGAACAACACUGCCUACCAUGAUGUCCACCAUCAACUCCACGGCACAAAAUACAACUACUCGCAGCCUUUCUUCUCGAUAUGGGACAGGUUAUUGGGUACCUACAUGCCAUUCAGCUUGGUGAACCGUAAAGAAGGUGGGUUCGAGGCAAGAAUAGGAAAAAGACUAAAUGGCAUGUCAUAGUUAGAAGGUAGAGAUCGAGGUGGUGUGCAGAACAACUCCAGGACCUGUUCUGUCGAUAAUUUUAAAUCAAAUUAAUCAUCCUCUAAAAACUAGCUGGAUUCUUGGUGCUUAUCAUUUGAUUGUUCUUUCUCAUCUUGUUUGCCUUGUUUCUUGGCCAUGUUUCUCUUACACUGGCUUACAAGAUGUUGUAUCUUGAGUUUAGGAGUUCUGAAUUUUCCUCCCAUGUAAAGAAUUAUUCUUCAAGAAUGUUUUGUGAGUGGAUUAAGGCUUAA